UAAUAAUUAAUCAAUUAAUAUUUCAUCGAAUCAAGGUUUCUGCUACUAGACAGUAAAAAUACAACUGGUUUUUAUUUAUUCAAAGAAGGUAUUCGUGUUUGUAUGUCAAGACUAAACGAUACAUUACCUAUAAUUGAGUGGUAAGUCAGUGUCUGUCAUCUUUAUAUUUUUUAGUUUUGAGGAAUAACUGUGUUAAAUAAUGGUUGCGGAUUCAGAACGGCUAGAUAUAGUAUUACUGGGAGCAACAGGUUUUACAGGCAAAUAUUGCGUUCCUUACCUACAUCAACUUGCAAAGGAAAAAGGAAGGAACUUGACAUGGGGCGUAUCAGGGCGUUCUGAAAAUAAAUUAAAGAACGUCUUGAGUGAAAUGGGAAAUAAAAUUGGAGUUGAUUUGUCAGAUGUACCAAUAAUUCCGUCAGAUAUUAAAAAUGAUGAUUCUCUUCUAAAAAUGGCAAAAAGGGCCAAAGUUGUAAUAAAUUGCUGCGGACCUUAUCGAUUCUUGGGUGAACCGGUAGUUAAGGCUUGCAUUGAAGCUGGUGCAAAUUACGUAGAUGUUAGUGCGGAACCACAGUUUCUCGAAUCCAUUCAAUUAAAUUACCAUAAGGCUGCACAGGAAAAAGGUGUCUAUAUUGUAAAUGCCUGUGGCUUCGACUGCAUCCCUUGUGACUUGGGAUUGAUUUUUAUUCAAGACAAAUUCCCAGGUACUUUAAAUUCCGUUGUGACCUAUUUGGAUUUAUGGGUAGAAGGUAAAAAUAUUCCUGGUCCGCUAGUCAAUUAUGGCACAUGGGAAAGUGUCGUAUAUGCCAUAGCUCAUGUUUAUGAACUAUCUGCCAUUCGUAAACAGUUGUUUCCCGAGAAGCUUCCCACUUUCAAACCUAAAGUGAAACCAAGAAUUAUUCCGCAUAGAGCAGAAGGAGGUUGGGCGAUGCCGUUUUUCAGUGCAGACCUAGGGGUGAUGAAUAGAACUCAAAGAUACCUCUACGAACAUGAGAACAAACGGCCUGUUCAAGUUGAUACGCAGGGCAUUUUUAAAAGCUUUUUUUUGAUGUUAGCCACAGCUUUUGGUCUUUUCUUCGCCUUAUUAUUAGUCGAUUUUAAAUUUGGAAGAGAUUGGCUGCUAAAUUAUCCCCACAUAUUUAGUUGGGGUACGUUUAGAAAGGACCAAUAUCCAUCGGAAGAAAAAACAGAAAAAACAGUAUUCCAAAUAACUCUUUAUGCAGAAGGAUGGGAUCAAAAAUUAACAAACAGAAACGAUCAAUAUUCAAAUCCUCCUAACAAAAGCAUUGUUGCCAGAGUUAAAGGUAGAAAUCCAGCAUAUGGAACGACCUGCGCUUGUCUAGUGGGUUCCGCCAUUACUAUUGCUACCGAAAAAAAUAAAUUGCCACAAAAAGGUGGAGUGUAUACACCUGGUAUUGCAUUUGGGAAGACAUCUCUAAUUGAAUUAUUGAAUAAAAACGAAGUUUCUUUUGAUAUACUGUAUCAGAAAGAUAUCUAAGUAAUCUAUAAAUUUUUAAAUAUACGUUAUAUCUG